CAAAAAUUUAAAGUAGUAGUGCUAAAAUAGUUGAAGGAAACGACAAGGUUCAAUGUCGUAAGUAAGGUCGAUUCUCGUUUUAAGUUCCUUUUUUGAACAGAAAAAAUUAUUAAAAGGAAGAAGAAGAAAGGGAAGGGGGAAAAUCAACUAUGGGGUACGUAUUGAGGGUAAGAUUGGCGUCAUUCUUCACGGGGGCUGCUACGGCGUCGUUUCUCGGCCUCUACAUCCUCUACAAAGAUUACAAGGUUGCUCAUGAAUCUAUCGCCCAACAGGUGAAAAGUCUUCACGGGCCUCUGGAUAGGCGAAUCUCUGCUCUGGAAAGUUUGAAACAUGCUGAAACUUCACUGCAUGUGGAUGCUACGAAGUAAGUCCUUGGGGGCAAAAAGAAUUUUGCUGUACGCGCGAUUGUUCCUCAGUAAUGUUUUUAUUUUCCUCGACUAGUAAUACUAAAUAAUUGUAGUUGAACUAUUAUGUUCUUUAUGGAACGAUAGUACACUCUGCAAAUUUAUAUGAACAGUGAUUUCAUAUGAAAUUUAAGCUAAAGAGAAUUCAGUCUGUC